ACUGCCAACAAAUCCUGUCCCAUCACGGUGGUAUUUAGUUAAACUGUUUGUUAUCUGCAGGUUGCCCCGCUCGCUAGUUCCUGCCUAAAAGAGUGCCUGCCGAGUAGUGUAGCCGGUUUGGUUCACAUUAGUUUCGGUUUUGAGUUGAUCGUUUUAGUUUCUGCACCCGCAAUCGAUCGGUGUUUACAUCACACACAACAAUAAAAGAGAAAGGAUCAACGAACGCCACGAUGUCGGAAAAUAAGAGCCCGAUCAAGUACUUCCUUUCUGGCGGGUUUGGUGGUGUGUGCACAGUGCUGGCCGGUCAUCCCCUUGACACGAUCAAGGUGCGAUUGCAAACCAUGCCACUGCCAGCCGCUGGCCAAGCGCCCUUGUACGCCGGAACACUGGACUGCGCCAAAAAGACGAUCGCCCGCGAGGGCUUCCGGGGACUGUACAAGGGCAUGUCGGCCCCCAUAACCGGUGUGGCGCCGAUCUUUGCCGUCAGCUUCUUCGGGUUCGGUGUGGGCAAGCGGUUACAGCAGAAAACGCCCGAUGAGGAGCUGAACUACACGCAGCUGUUUGCCGCCGGAGCGUUUUCGGGCAUCUUUACGACCACCGUGAUGGCACCGGGUGAACGGAUCAAGUGUUUGCUGCAGAUCCAGCAGGGUGGUAACUCACCGCAAAAGUACAGCGGAAUGGUCGAUUGUGCCAAGCAGCUGUACGCGGAGGGUGGCAUGCGUAGCAUCUACAAGGGUGCCUUUGCCACGUUGCUCCGUGACGUUCCGGCGUCCGGAAUGUACUUCCUCACGUACGAGUACAUCCAGCGGGCGCUGGCACCGAAGGAGGGCGAGAAGAAGGACACUUCCAUUGGCCUGCUGGGGACAAUCUUUGCCGGUGGUAUGGCCGGCAUAGCGAACUGGGCCAUCGGUAUGCCUGCGGAUGUGCUGAAAUCGCGACUGCAGACUGCACCGGAGGGAACGUACCCGAACGGCAUCCGGGACGUGUUUCGGGAGCUGAUGCGCCGGGAAGGACCGUUGGCCCUGUACAAGGGCGUCACGCCGGUUAUGCUGCGAGCGUUCCCGGCCAAUGCGGCCUGCUUCAUCGGUGUGGAGAUUUUCAUGAAAUUCCUCAACAUCGUUGCACCGGGACUGUAGAGACGGAUCGCUUCCCCAAUCGCGGAUGGGGGCUCUCUUUUAGUGCUUGGUUUUUGUUAUCUUUCGUUACCGACUGCGUAUUUUCAUCCAGUUUUAGAAUAUUUCCAACAUCGUGACCUCUCGAAGCUAUAGUUGAAACAAGAUACAGCUAACACAGGUAUUUGCGGGGCUGCGGGACAGAUUUUGUUGUUUAAUAAGGGCACAAUCACCGGCUGUUUGUUAUUUUUGUAAUAAAAAAUUAUCAAACUCGA